AUGGGUGAAAAUGAUAAUAUAAAUAAAUUAACAAAUGGUGAACAAAGUGAUGUUGAUUCACCGAAUCCACCAGCCAUGGAAAAAUUAAUUCCUGACUUUGAAAGUUUUGAUGACUUUCUUAAGGCUGGAUUUAGCGGAGUUGGAAAUGGAAUCAAGGCGGCAAACAGCUUACCGAAAGGCGAGAAUUUUCAGUACUACUCAUGCUUUCAAGCCUUUAAAAAUUUUCGAAUAAAGCAAACUAAAAAAAUAAGCGAAUUAAUGCAAUCUAUCGUAGAGAGAGCUGGAACCGCAGGUAGUAUGACAGAUCGUGACACUGACGAAAAAUUUAAGCUUUUAAUAGACACCAACGACAUUUUUCUGGAUCGAACAAGUGUUCUGCUGGACGAGGAGGCGGGAAUAAAAAAGAACCUUGACGUAGAAUUGAUCGUAACAUCUACCAAGACAAAUAAUUACGGCUCGUGGAAUACAUCAACAGUAAACCAAAGCCCCAAGGCUGCUGGUACACAAAACGCACAAGCAAUAAGACUUCUAGCAGCUAAAAAUGUCCAGCGACCCCAGUUGUCUUUCAAAGACAAAAUUGACAACAGUUCAAAGCCCUGGGAGCCGCGAAUUAAGGACAAGCCAAACAGCUUGAAACCUCUGGGAAUUUAUUUGAUUGACGGAAUCAACGGUCAAGUCUUUUGUCAUCCCUAUGAAUUUGAACUGGACCGAUUUUCACCGCCAGAAAAGCAAUUAAAGAAAGAAAAACCUAUCAAGUAUAAAUCCCUUGAACAAACUCCUUUGAUAGUAAUAGAAACACUAGAAGAUUUACAAAUAAUGAUUAAAGAUUUGGAGAAAUAUGACGAAAUAGCUGUCGAUUUAGAACAUCAUUCAUACCGUUCAUUCUUGGGGAUAACGUGUCUCAUGCAAAUAUCAACCCGAGACACUGAUUAUUUAGUAGACACUCUGUCGUUAAGGUCAGAGUUACAUUUACUCAAUGAAAUAUUCACCAAGCCGUCAGUAUUAAAAGUAUUUCAUGGAGCAGAUCUGGAUAUCCAGUGGCUUCAACGCGAUCUUUCGCUUUACGUCGUUAAUAUGUUCGAUACUCAUCAAGCAGCUAAGCACUUGAACUUGCCUUACCUCAGCUUGGCUUAUUUAUUAAAAACCCACUGCAAAGUCGACCCCAACAAACACUUUCAACUGGCAGACUGGCGUAUCCGUCCUUUACCCGAAGAGCUGAUGAAGUACGCGCGAGAAGACACGCAUUACUUACUCUACAUCAAAGAUAUCCUUCAAAAUGCUUUGAUCGACGCAGCGAAUGGACAGACGAAUAUUCUGAAGGCUGUUUAUGACCGUGGAGUUGAUAUUUGCAAGAAAAUUUACGAGAAGCCAAUAUGUGAUGAAACCAGCUGUAUGAACAUGUACCGUAAGAGCCAGAAGAUGUUCAAUAAUAAGCAGUUGUACGCGUUGAAGGAGCUGUUUGCUUGGCGAGAUGAAACUGCUAGGCAAGAAGACGAUAGUACUGGUUACGUUUUGCCGAAUCAUAUGUUGCUGAAUAUUGCUGAGACCUUGCCCCGUGAAAUCCAGGGUAUUCUGGCGUGUUGUAAUCCUAUUCCUCCGUUAGUUAGGCAGAAUUUGUUGAAGCUGCAUAAAUUGAUUCUUAAGGCGAGAGAACAGCCACUGAUAAAUCCGGUGCUGCAGCAGGAAUUGAGGCCGAGGUUAAAUUUAAAUAAUCAACCUGCAGAUUCUGAUAUCUGGAUGUGGUCGCCGCAUGAUAAUAUUACUGGAGUUGAUGUUCAAGCUAAUUUACCUUGUCUGAUUAAUGACGAGGAUCAAGAAAGUUCCAGUAUGGACACCAGUGAUGAUAAGAAAAAUGAUAAAAAUUUAGAGAAAAGUAGGAAAGUAAAACAUCAAGUGACGGUGUUUGAUAGCUCGGCUAGUUCUGAUGAUGAAGACUCCGCUGCCAGGAAAAAACUUUUGAAAGCUAAGAAAUUAUUUGUCAGCCCGUUCCAGAGGUACAAACUUGUGAUUCCCAUGAUUGCAGCAAUAGAAGAACUGGAGCGUAAGAGGAAAGAAGAAGAGGAGAAACGGACUGAGGAAACUAAGACGAGACUGGCUGAAAGAGAAGCUGCGGAUAAUGCUGAGCGUGUCGAACGCAUUCAUGAACACUUUAUGAAUGUUGUCAGUCAGAAUGAUGAAAUCAGUCCUGUUAAACCAUUAAAUGCUUACGCAAAUUCAGACUUGAAACGAAAAGCGCAAAAGGCUUUGAAUAGAAAAGAGUUGGAGGAAAAGGGUAUGCUGCCUAAACAAGAUUUCAAUUACAAAGAAGUUGAUUUCUCCAGUUUUCAGGGCGGUAGUAAAACUUCUUCUGCUAAGAACGCGCCUUUUAUGCAGCAGCAGAUUGUUCAUUUAAAUAAAAGUCAAAUUGGUGUAACGCGUGUCAAUAUGAAGUUCUAUUUCUAUCAAGGGAUACUUAGUAUUAGUGUUAACCAGACAAAUAUAUAUAAUAAUACAAGAACUAACAACGAAAGCACUGUCAUUGAACGAAAAAGAUUUUUUAGUUGGCCAAAUGGCACAAAAAUAAAAUCCCCCGCGACUGUUCCUAGAAAAUUAUUUAAAAAGGGGAAAGUUGAUUGUUUUGGAUUCGGAGCAUCAAUUGCUAAUGGAUUUGACUGGCUGUUUCAACCUGGAGGCUCACAAGCUCAUGAGCUGGAUAUAAAAUUUUUUUUAACUUCAAGAAAUCACCCUCACCGUGUGCUUGUUUUAACAGGAAAUCAAUUUGGUCUAGAGUGGACGGACUUUAAAAUUGAACGUAAGACAAUUAUUAUCGUUCAUGGAUUUCUAUCGGAUGGAGAAAUGUCUUGGUUACAAGACAUGGAUCAAGCUUUUCGUUUAUGGUGGACUGGAGUGCUCACGGCAACACCUGGAAUUAUUAUAAAGCUGCUACUUUUAUCCCACAUUGUAAAUGCAACGGAAUCAGCAUCUCCAGAGUCUCCGAAAACUAACUGGGGUUUGAUUCACAUGGUCGGGCACAGCCUGGGAGCUCACAUAUGCGGAGUAGCGGCUGAUGAAUUUAAAAAGUUUAAAUCGUCAUGGAAAAUUACACGGAUAACUGGACUAGAUCCGGCUCAGCCAUGUUUUUCAAACAGUAGUCUCUCAUUAGACGUUUCUGAUGCUCCGUUUGUUGAUAUCAUUCACACAAACGGACAAUUAAUGACAAAGCUUGGUCUGGGUCUUCCAGAGCCGAUAGGUCAUGUGGAUUUUUAUCCCAACGGAGGGAAAGCUCAGCCUGGCUGUCUCAUCCACCAUGGAUCAGCUCUUUAUUUUAUCCAUCUUCCAAAGCAUCUAAUAAAUGAAGCUAUUUGUAGCCACGGACGCUCAUACGUAUAUUUUACCGAGUCAAUAAACGCAGCGAUAUUAAAAGACGGGAAAUUUUGGUCUCACGCAUGGGAUGGAUCAUAUCGGAGCGCUGUGCAAUUAAUCAAUGAAAGCUGCGAUUCAAAUACUUGCAUCGAGAUGGGAAUCAAUUCAAACAAUUAUUUGACACGUGGUUCAUUUUUUACCGUUACUUCUAAAUCUAAGCCUUACUACUAUGUUGAUGACAGAGACUUAUCAGAGUUAAUGGACCAACUACGGAAUGAUUUUAGCGAUGAGAAAUAUUCCCGUUCUACCCGCACACUCGCCAAUCCACCAUCCGUCCGGUUGUUUCUCAUGUAUAGUAAUCAAAUCACCCGGUGUAAGGCUCAAUUCAUCAUUAAGAUUAGCCGCGUACUGAUAAAUAGCACGACACUGCUCAAGCUGAUCAUGUUUAUUAUCUCCCAUAUCAGAAACGUCAACAUCCUGAUUGUUAUUAUCUUCAGACUGGCUGCUGAAUUCAUCAAAAUCGCUAAAGUCUUCUUCAUCCGGAGGAUUUUCCGA